AUGCCGAGACAAGAUGGCAAGGUUGCCAUAGUGACAGGAGGAGCUAGGGGAAUCGGCUAUGAGGUUGUCCGACACAUGGCCAGACUGGGGGCGCAUGUUAUCAUAGGUACAGUAGCAAACACCACAACACUGACACGCAAACAGGACCCAGUGCAGCAGAUGCAACCUUUGGACUGGAUGAAUGAACAAGUGUGUUACUGAGAGGUGGACUCCCAUCUGUUUCCAGUCAAAUACACAACACACCAAUAACAAUCCAAGAAACCUUUUUUAUGUAUUUGUUGGCUUUAAAGUUAGGGCUUAAAAAUAUUGCAUCAGGAAAAGAUGCAACUACUUAAACAUAAUAUCUGCUAAAGAAAUGCAAAGUGUGAAAUCAAUAAGAGAACACCUCACUGUAUAAAUAGGAAACAGGCAUGCCUAAGACAAUUUGGUCAUGAUUCUUGGAGAUGAUGUCAAACUAACAAUGCUCCUUGUAGUUAAGGCCAUGCUCUCUAGACUGAAACUCCUAUCUACUGUAGCAAACAUGACAAAGCAGUUAGUCAAAGCAUUUGCAUCCGGAUGUGAAACUGAAGGCAGAAUUAAUGCUUGCCCUAUCACAGAUGAUGAUGCUUCAAUCACUGCUAAAUAGGCAGAGAUUAGUCAGAGUAUUUAUGCUGGAGUAAUAAGAGAGAAGUGACAUGAGCUGCUGGCUCGGAAGAGGACAGAUGAAUGUUAAGAAAGGAUAUAAGUGAAAGAAUAUUUCCUCUUUUAAACUGAGAAGUGAAGUAACGUUGUUUUGUUACAUGUUACUUAUGAUCAAGUUCAAACAAAUUUGAAUUAAGAAGAAAAAUGUAAAAAACGUUACAACAUUACAGCUCUCAUUGACAAUUACUCAUGAAAACUAGAUGUUUGAUUUUUUAACAAUUAAAUUAUACAUUCUGUUUGUUGCUUUCUGGUGUUUUACAAUAUAUGCUUGAAAGGAUGUCUAAUUUUCCCUUCGGCAGCAGUAUAUACCAUACUGUUUGUUUACAGAUGCUGGUUGGUCAUUGUAUAAACCUAAUUCGGGCAUUUUUAGGUACAAUUUGAUGAUAAAGGAGCCUUCUGGUUUGUAUAUGCCUCAUGUGGUAACUAGUGCUCGCAUUAUACUGUUGAAAAGCUAUCAGAACCCCGAGUACAAAGUGUGAUCCAUCAUCAAUGGCGGUCAUUUUAUCCAGACAGAGGGACACAGAUGUAUCUCCUUAUGAUAAAGUAAUGUCUGUGUGAAAUACAGUGAAUAUAAAAUACACAGCAGCUCUGCGGUUCCAAAUGCUAGUCAUAUGGCAGGGACCGCCUGUUUGUGUCUGCUGUCACUGUCAGACAUCCUCAUAUAGCAUCAGAAGGUCAACAGCAUAUUCAAAUGCAUAUCCCACAGAUCCAUCCUAAGGUUUGGAAAAACAUCAAAACAGUUUGUCUUCUUCACAAUGAGAAUGUGAGUAGUGCUCUGCUGUGAGAUGAUGCAAAAAAAUUAUUGAGCUGGAUGUGAAAAGGCUGUUGUAAGACUGUGUUUUAAAUGCAAAUUUAGGAUUAUGAGAAGCUCUUUGCAUAAAACAAGAUCUGGGAGUUUUACAUCAAUUAUUUAUCAAUUUAGUUCACUUCAGCUACAUCUCAGAAGGCAUGUACUGUAAGCUGAACGAACUGAAUAAACUAAGUGUCUCUUAACUGUUUAUUUCUCCAUUGUUUGUUCCUUCAUCUUUGAUGUGCCAGGAAGUAUCCGCCUAUAAUAUGGUGUAUAGACACUGUAGAUCACUGGUUCUGUAUCUAAUGAGCCUCUUGUUCAGAUAUGUUGAUCCUACGCCUCUCGUGUCUCCUUGUCUGUCUCCUUAACGUGAUGCAGUUCAAAGCUUCAUCAGGAUUAACGGAUCAGCUUCUUCAUUUUGCUGGUUUCUCUUACUGAAGGCCCUGAAGUGAAUCACUUUUAGCAGAGGCAUGAAUCUACACAUUAAAUCUAUUAUUCUCAGAUAGUCUGAUGUGUUUUCAUGUCUGGGCUAGCCUUUGUGAUAUCAGGUGCAGUUGUCUUUAAGCCUGAACAGGACAGGCUCUUAUCAGGGAGUUUCUUAUUCCUCUGGCUGUGAUGCUGUUGCCAGUGAGCCUCCAGUUUCUCUGGAGGAAUUAUUUUUGAUCUUUAUAAAUGGUGUGUGUGUGUGUGUGUGUGUGUGUGUGUGUGUGUGUGUGUGUGUGUGUGUGUGUGUGUGUGUGUGUGUGUGUGUGUGUGAGUGUGUUGGUGGCAAUUCUGUGUUUACCUUCUUAGAUUAUAGGCACAAUGUGUUCAGAGUCGAGAAAAUAAAAGUGAGACAUAUAACAUUUCUGUACAUGUAGAUAAAAGAUGCAGUGUUGCUGUCUUUGACAUUCUUAUGGCUGCUCUUUUUCAGCUGCUUGCACACUGUUUACUUAUCUGUUUUUAAGGAUAAUUGUGCAGUGUUAGCAGAAGCGUAAUUCCUGUUUCGGAGCUCGAAUGACUGGGGCAGCUGUUACCAACUUUAAGCUAAUAACCCCGAAGUCCUGUUUUACAAACACACACAAAAACAGUGGGUGCAACUCUGCAUAUCAUGCAUUUAUUGCUUUAUUUUUUGCUCUUUAGGAAAUUAAAAUAUUUUAAACAAGCUCACAGAGUAAUAUUGGUGAGCCGUCCAGAUUAGAUAGUCUAAAAGGAAGUAUCAGCAUCAGCCUUCAGGGAACAUCUACAGACAUGACAGCUGCUAUGUGAUAUGACCCCUUUUUGGUAUGUCCUCAUGAGGCACUGCAGAUAUCCUUGUUUCCUAAACUCUCAAUAUUUCUCCUCAAAUGUAGGACUUAAAAUGCAGGAGAAUCCUCUGCACAGUUAUGGUUUGAUAUGCAAUUUCAUUCUCUUAUGACACAGCCAGUAUCUAUAUGGUUCAGCAUAGAGCGAGCAGCCAGAGGGACAGCAUCAAAGAGGUCCAGUCUUUCUAAGCAUUUAUCAGAUCUUUUAUGAAUAAUUUUGGCUGGUAUGCAUUGAGUACAGGAAUACGGUUGACAAAUAAAUGUUGUUUCUACUUGACUAAAUCGCAGGCACAACCCUGUUAGUUUUUCAGAAAAUGAAUUAACCAUGAAAAAACUAACCUUUGAAUCUCUUAUUUUAGUUUUUAGAACAGUUGUGUCCAGCACAGUCAACAGAACAUUACUGUUCUUCCUCUUUUUUGUAAAGCUGUUUUAGUUGUUUUCAGCGAGUAGAGAAUUGAGCAAAAUUGAGCUUAAUUGUUGCUUAAGGCUCGGACAGAAAAAUUCAGACAUGCACCAAUUUCUUUGUCCGUUUCAGUUUUUUAAAGGCCUAAUUUAAACCCCUUUCUAGAACCUGCACUCAAACUGAGUAGUGGCUGCCAAGUCUGGUCUCUGAAUUUUCUGCAAUUUUUGCUCUAUCUUUGGUAUAAUUUUGUUGUGUUUUGUCGGCUGCUGAUGGAUACUUCUGCUGGGAGACAGAUGUCUUGCAUCUUUGUGUUUGAUGCUUCAUCCCCAGCAGACUGCAGCGUAGAACAGAACACUGUCGACACCACAGACUGAUAAAACAUCUGCAGCAUCUUACUACAGAUGUCUAUUGAUCAGAGUCUUCUCAGGCAAAAGAGGCGGCUCUGCCUCUUUCUGUAGAUGAAGUCUAUAUUCUUAGACCAGUCCAACUUAUUAUCCAGAUGUACACUUAGAUAUUUAUAUGAUGUCACCGCUUCCACGUCCACUCCACAGGUGUUCACUGUUCAAGAGAUCUCUGGUUCACGCAGCAGUCAGGAGUUCCAGUUUCCCACUGUUAGUGGUCUGAUUAGCUGCACCUUAAUGCUUGGCUCAAAGGUGGUCAGUCAACCUCAGACUGCUUAGGUGAUUUUCCAUCUGUAAUACCAUUUGACACAAAGUGCAUAUACUUUUGAUUUGUUGGCUGUACAGUCCAGGAUGUGUUUGGGUGAAAUGUGCCAAUCAAAUGCACAUCAUCAUUGUGCAUUGUGUAAUUUAUUAUGUUAUGUGUAUUGUUUGUACCUUUGUGUGUGCCUAUUGCUAUGACAGAAAUUGUCCCACUGGGUGACAUAUGAAGGCAUUGAUUGACUGACUGAUUGAUUGAUUGAUUGAUUGGUUGAUUGAUCGAUUGACCUAUGUCCUGCAAAUCGGAUUGAAAUUGAAACUACCUGAGAACAGUUGUACAUCAGUCCAUGUCCUCACCAUAUUCUAUCAGCAGAGAUUGGGAUUAGAUACCCUUUACUAUUAAAUCUGCAGUUUAAUCUGAAAAAGGCACAUGAGUAACAAGACAGUUGACAGUUUUUAAUGUGAUACUUUAUUCUUUCAGAAGUCUUUGUGGAUAUUUGCUUUUUAGGGAAGUCCAAUUUCCUUUUAAUCUGGGAUCUCUCUCAGCAGAACAUCGCAGCCGUCGGCUGAGCUGAAUACCAUUGGCAUCUCUUCAAUGUAAACUCAAUGCGGCUUAAUGAAAUUUCUGCUGCUCCCAUCAAAGUAAAUGGAUCAAGUUCUGUUGUUGUGCCUCUGUUUGUCAUCUGAAAUUGCUGCAUUUGAUUUCAGCAAAGUCAGUCAUCAGGCUAUCUGAGUUUGACAGUUUCCAAGACUUGGAGUCGUAAACAGUAUUUUGUUUUUGAGAGCGAUAGGCCUUUCACUUUUUAUUACAUGAUACCGACAUUUUAAAAUGUUACUCUCAUACUUGCCGUUAACCAAAUAAGGAACUUAAUUUUUAGGUGUUCCCCAAUUAUUACAACUCUUAUUGGUUGAACGUUGGUUUAAAAUUAGGACCAUGACUCAUUAUUUAUGCAGAACAAACUUGACCCUCAUGAAAUAUUGUGCUGUCAGCUGUUAUUUUUAAGAUUAAAGGGAUAUUCCUGUGUAAAAUUAAGAUAGGGUCAAACACACUGUAACACCGAGUUAGACACCCCCUCUAGCCAACUGCUUGCUUCUCUAUUUAUACAAACUUCCUCACCACACAAUAGCAAUACACAGCAGUCUAUGUCUCCACAUGCAAACCUCAGCCAUAAAGCCACUCUGUAGUCACAAAUAAUGCUCAGAACAGCACCUAACUUCAUCAACAGUACAAAUAGGAUCGUAGCCAUAGUACUAGCCACCAAACAUCUUUUUAGCUUUGCCUGAUUUCUUUAGCAAAGAGACUAAACACAACUCACCUACUCUCUUCCAGCAGCUGCUUGUUUAUGGGAAGCACUGACGAGUCAAUCACCGAGUACAGUGGAUCAUUUCCAUGAAGUAAUAAUCAUCAUAAUUAUCAUUUUACACUGCAGACGUGGCAGUUCUUCUGCCUUAGUAUCUCAGUCUGACUGCAUUUCCAUGAAGUAAUAAUCAUAAAUGUUCUUCCGUGAGUUGCGAAACUCCACUGCACUCAGUGAUCGAUUCGUCAGGGCUCCCCCACAAACAAGCGGCUGCUGGAGGAGAGUGUGUUUGGCCAUAACUUAAAUUUAUUCUGGAAUAUCCCUUUAAGAAUGAAUGAAGUGAGAGACCCAGCUGAGGAAUAAAAGAGGAGAGCAGUCACAGAAGAAAACCUCAGCUGAGAGUCAAUCUGGCCUGGUUGUGCUGUGUACUUUGUGGCCUAAACUUUCCAGAUAAAAGCUUUUCAUCACAGUUUGAAAGCAGAUUUGCUUUUGAAUGAUUGCUUUUAUUCUCUUUGUUGUACUUAAAUUACAGGUCUGUUAACACUUUAUGAUUUUUGUUUAGUAUUUCAUAGUAUUAGUUGAAAUAUUGCUGUUAUAGACCAUAAUCACCUUUAUUUAAUGAAAUUUGACCAAAACAUGUUAUGAUCUGUUUAGCUAGGUGAGCAAAGUUUUAAUCUGAAUAGUCAAAAAUCACUCAUCAGAAAAGAGCCAACGAAAGGGAAACUCAAGCAGACAGCACCAUGAGGGGGUUACUGCUGCUACACAUCCCAAUUAGAUCUGUACAACAACAGGACAUGUAACUAUUGGUGAUGAAUACUGAUACUGACCUAUUUAAAAACUUGUCAGAUACCUUGUUAUUUUAGGGGCUAGGAACAUUUUUUUAUUAUUUUUUUAAUAACAGGCCAGAUCCACUGCAGGAUCCAAAUAUCUCCAAGGUGCCAAGCACAGAACAUCAACAUGCUUUCAUCCUCGGUUUACAGGGUGAAGCUGCAUUUUUCAUUCAGCUCACAAGCUCUAAAACUUUAAAGAAAACUCUGCUUUAUUCAGUCUGUGUAUAUACUGAAGAGAGUCAAAAUCCUUGGAAACAGUUGCAGCUGAACUCAAAAGGGGUUCAGGCCUGUAAUCAAACAAACUGAAUCAAUAGAGAAUGUGGUUUACUGUCUGUUGUAGUCCAGGAGUAGACCUUUGGGUAUUUAAGCUGAUCCCAUAGGAGAGUGGUCCAGAAAUCCCCAAUUCUUGUGAUAAUUCAUGAAGUGAGAGAAUUUAUGGUAAAGUGGAUCUCUCUUUGCUAAUGGAGCUGAAGCGUAUUUCAUGUGGAGUAGAAAUAAAGUGGAAGUAGAAGUAAAUGUGGACAGAGGGAAGUGUUUGAGCCCUGAUUUUGAAUAAGAGAAGCUAACAAGACAUCAGUCAGGUCGUGCUGGAAAAACAGUCCUGCAGAAAAUAUGGAAGAUAAACAAUAUAAUUCUAAAAACAUGUAAAAAAAACAAAAAACCAAAAGGUUGUUUUCAUAUAAAAGUGUUGCAAAGGGUAAAUAUGAGUAACAGCAUCCAAUCACUCUACUAACACUAGACACCAAUUUGCUACCUAGAAAGACAAAAAAGAAAUUCAGCAGAUGAGAAUGUAAAAUUUUACACUCCAAGAGACACAAAUGCACGGUAUGAAUGCCAUUCUUUGUGGCUAAUUGACUUUCAUAAGCUUUACUUCUCACUCAAACAUGGACAUUGCAGUCAUUGUCAACUGUUAGGACAAUGACACCAGGAAAUGUGGCAUCAUUUUGGGAUUUGAAAAAGUCACUAACCCAAAUAUCAAGACAAGACUGUGUUUUCCUCCUGCUCUGGGGAUGUAAUAGUUUCAUUUCAAGGCAAGGCAAUUUGUAAUUCAAAUAUCUAAUUAGGUUUUCUGUCUCCUUCUGUCUCCUAAUCAGUGCCAAUCUCAAAUAUUUCAUCAAACCAGGAACGAAGGCCAGUACCAGUGACAGACACAGCCUUUGACAACCCAAUGCAUUACUUAAUUACUUUACUCUGAAAGUGCCAUUAAAUCAGCUUUAUGUAACACAUUUGGAUGUGUGGGAUUGAUGAAUUGGACUCAAAAAGGAAAUUAUCUUUGUCCUUUGCUACCGUGAAGAAAAAGUCUCUGGGGUCUAGAGUUGGAAUGAGGUGCAAUGUCAUUUUUAUCAUUAAAGUGGGAGUCUCACUGCCGUCAUGAGUGUUUUAUGUCCGUUAAUGCAGGAACUGUACAGAUGUAUCAGUUUUACACCAGAAAACACGCACAUCCUUUUCUAUCAAUAAGUGAUUUUUGUAAAUAUGAGAAGGAGAAAUGACUUCCAUAAAUCAAGAGUGGAGAGCAGUUAUACCCUCUGUUAUUUUUAUUAACAUUUAUGAGAACUCUGCUCUUGGUAAUAAAUGUAAAACCUCACAAUAUCAAAAACGACCAAGUAUAAUUCAUGAGCAUUCUUCAUUAUGUAUUCAAUCUGUAAAAAGGAUUUAUAACACUCUGAAAAUGUGAAAGCACACAUGCAAAUAAUUCUUCAUCUGUUAGUGUUUGGUCUGUGAAAAAUCAUAAGAAAACACUGCAUUUUACCUCCAGAUCCAUCAGUCUGCUCUAGCAGUAUGGAUGAAGACAAGCUGGCAGCCUCCAGCUCUCAGUACCUUCUGAUCAUACGGUCAAAGAUAGCAGAGAGUUAAUCCCAGAGCCUGAAAAAUCAUUUAUUUUGUCACAACAGGCAUGUUCAUCCAGUAACUCACAACCUGCUUCACCUCUAAUGAGCUGUUUAUCAGCCAUGUGUCAGCAGGAUAAAGAAACAUCACUGUUAGGAAUAAUCAGCUGUCCACUAGAACUGAAGUCAAAGCCAUGAGGCCUGAUUGUGGGCCGAUUGUCCUUUUUUGUUGUUGAUUUUAGUUAUUCUGUUCAUUUUGUGUCUUAGACUUUAAGCAGACAUUGAUUCAAGUUAUCCUCACCUGAAGCUCUCAAUUACACCAUCACUAUCUCGGUGUUUCAUCUUUUCCACAUACUAAGAAUAGCACUGUGAAAAUCUCAUUCAAUUAUCCUCCAAAGGAGCCUCUGACUGCACUGAAACUACUUUGUCUAUUCCCAUUUCUUAAAUUGAAGUUUUGCUUUCAUUUAAAAACACAAUGACAGAUAUAAAGUCAGUGAAAAAUAGAUGAGGACAUGAAAUCUGAUCUGACAUAGAGAAAACUUACCUUUAAAAUUGAUUUAAUUUCAAUACAUUCAGUUUUUGACAUUAUUUUUUAGCAAUAUUUACAGUCGAGGGUAGAGUUUAGUAUUUUCAAUAGCAUACUGAUUGAUCCUUGUAUUAGUAAGUUGUGAAUAUAAAAACAGAGCCAUGAAGUCUAGCUCAGCACAAAGACUACUGACAGGGGAAACUAACUACAGUAGUUUGGCCAUGGUUUGAAAAUAACCCAAAUAAAAUGAAGAUAGGCAGUGAGGCAGAACAAAAGGUUUUUUUUUCUAACAUCACAUAAUUAUAAUAGUAAUGAUUAAAUUGCAUUUUUAAUAUAUUUUCUAGAUGGUCAGGACAGGCAUGGCUGCAAAGGCUCUGCUGCCCUGAGUUCAGUACUUGUUCCUAAAUCCUGAAGGGUGGAGACUGCAGGCAGGAGUGUGAGGUGGAGCAGGUUAGUGAGGUCAAAGGCUGCUUGGUCACGGGGUUGCCAUCAAACAUAGGACUUCAAUUGGGCUGACACAGUUUUUGAUACAUGCAUUUUAGGGUUUUUCUGCUGCCUCUGAAUUCAGCUCAGAGUAACACAGCAGCCCUCUUAUUCACUCUGUCGAUGUAGUGGAAGGGAGAGACCAUGACAUAGUUGACAUAGUGCCACUGUCUGAACUGAACUCUCUUAAACCUGCUUUGCCACCUCCAUGCCCAAAAUCUUUGCAUACUGUUAAAUGUCUUUCAGCUUAUCCUAAAACUACAGAUUCUGUUCAGAAGUACAAUGUGGACUAACGGAUAAGUUAUUGUAAAGAUAUUGCUCUACAAUCAAAACUUUGUUGCAUUUGGUGUAAAAACUAGGUAAACCAAUUGUCUGAAAUCAUAUUUGGGGAUUCUUCAGCUCUGUAGUAAACACACAUUAGGGCUGCACAAUUCUGGCCAAAAAUAAAAUCCAGAUAUUCUUUCUCUGAAAACUUGAUUUUCAAUUUUGAUUUUUUUAUUCAGUUACAACUUCACCAAACUUCACUUUAAUGAUAAGUUUUUUUUCUCAAAACGAAACCACUGAAAACUAUGUAGUGCAUAUGCCAAGCCAGUAAGUGGCGCUGUAACGCUGUCAAGGAAAUACACAAAAGACAGAAGAAGAGGAUCGAGCGUACGUUUAAUGGUUGUUUGGGUGCAGGCGCCAUAAAAGAGUUACGCUGUGUGUCACAUAAUUGUUUCCAGAGAGAUGCUGACAGGCGUCCACACAGAGAUGAAAUGGUAGUUGUUUACAGAUUUAUGCACUCUCUUACCCAUUUUCAAAAAGUACCGUUUACAAUCACCCAAAACACUGAUGCGACAAAAAACGUUUGCAUUUACUUCUGAAUUCAAUUCAGUGUGGACAGAUUGCAGCGGGGAGUGGUUUGCUCUUCAUCCGAAACUGUGAAGUUGUACCAAUUCCACAUGACUGACUUGCUCUGUCCCUAUUUAGCCACGAAAUUAUCGCCCUCUUUUGCAAACGCCAUGUUUGUUAACAUUGGUGUGUGUCGAAAGUGGGGAGUGCUCUCGCAGAAUCGGGAAGCCUACAGUGACCUGGAGGCAUGAGACAUGAUAGUGAGGAAAAUCGAUUUGACGAUUUUAAUUUUUUGAACAUAUUCAUAAUUAAAUAAUCAGAUUCGGAUUUAAAAUAGAUUAAUCGUGCAGCCCUAGCACACAUAUAUCAGAACUUGGUUAUAGUGAGACUUAAUGUGGUGUUUGUUAAGCUUUUUCUCUUCUGUGUCACACUCAGUUCAUUCGUUUGUUCAGCUGCACCAAGCUUAUUUAAGUGAAUUAAUUAGGUUAAAUUUUUUCCAAAAAUAUUUAGUGGGCAAAUGAAUACCUCCAGGCAUGUUUUUAAUCUGUGGCUAUUUUAAUGGAGAGCUUUUACCAAAAGCAGAAAUAUGUAUUGAAUGAAAUCCAGUGUUUCGGGUGAUAGUUGGUCUGUAUGUAGAGAAGUUUGUUGUACAGCAGCAGAUGAAGUGAAGUUUCGUCUGAUGAUCACUGUGUGUUUGCGUGUGUUUUGUGUGACCCCUGUGACACAUCAACCUGAAGAGCUGCAUCCUUCACCGCAGUGCAUCAAGGUAAAUGGUGCUGUGCCCUUGAAAAGGCCUAUGUGCUAAUCCAAGAUUAGUGUGUGUGUGUGCGUGUGUGUGUGUGUGUGUGUGUGUGUGUGUGCGCACAGACUGAGAAAUGAGUGUGGGCUCAGAGGCUGUUUGUGCAAACAGGUUUGGAUGAAGCAGAGAGCGUGUACAGGUGUGUAUUCAUAAUGAGUCGCUGUCACAUUUGAGAAGUGGGACUAUUUCUCUGUCAGUCAGUGUUGUGCUGAUUGACUCAUCACUUCAUGAACAAAUUGUCUCUGCUCAUUUGUAUGCAGUAAUUGUAUAUAUUUGUCUCUGUCUGCUUGUUUGACGAAGCCGUGACUUUAUCUGUAUCCUUGAAACGGUCCUCAGCUCCACAAACACAAGGUUAGCUGUGAAAAAAGUUGCAUUUGUUAUUUGCUGCAGCCUGGAUAAAAUCACAGUGAUGAUAAAAUCUAUGACAGAGCAUCCUCAAGGACUUAGGACUAAAGGGAGUGUAUAAAGAAUCAGAUUGUACUUCACACAGCAGAUGUGUAUCUGUCAUAUAAAAGAAAAUGCCUAAAUCUUGAAGAAGUAAUGUAAAACAGGACUGCCUGGGGAAAUUUGAAUGCAUCUCUGCGCGCCUGACCACAAGGACAAUCUGUCUCAUAAUAUUAGAGAUCUGAGAGUUGGAGGCUCCAAAAUCUCACAACAUAAACUUCAAAUGUACAGCUUUAACUGUUUCACAGUAAAGAACUUUUACUCAACAUUUCCAUAACUCAAUAUAUUUUUAUAUAUCUUUAUAUGUGUAUCUGUAUCUAUCUCUCCCUCUGUAUAUUCUUUUGAAUGAAUAUGUAUGUACUGUAUAUGCUUAGCUUUGUGUCUUAGUCCCUUUUUUCUCAUGAUCUCUUUGUCUGACUUUCUCUGGUCUUUCAAAGAGGAAAACUUGAUUUGUAUGCAGACAUCCUUCUUAAACAUUGAGUCUGUGUUUGUGAAUCAGGCUCUGUGACAGUAUCCCCAAAUGACAGCAUCUGGACGAGGUAUAUUUCAGUACUUGAUGGAAUUUAUUCAACGCAUUUGUGCUGUUUCUGUAACUCUAACUUUUCUGUUUGUUUUUGAAAGAUGCUGAAACUACCUUUCCUGGUACUUAAAGGAUUUUAUUAAUACAACAGUCUGUGUAGCUUAACUAAUCAAGCAGAAAUCCCGCUUGACUCAUACACAGUAGUUAUUUCUGCUCCAGUUUGGUAGAUGAUUUGUAUUUCAUGUCAAUAUAGGCUAUUUUGAGCCCACAUUGUCUCUAUUUGCCUGAAUAAGUUCCAAAAUGACACACCAGGUUUUGUGUAAAUCUUGUGUCUGUGUCUCUUGGAUUUCUUUAGUCAUAAUGUUACUUAUCGACAGGCUCACUUUUUUUUCUGUGUUUUAUACAUAUUUGAUGGCAUAUUAAAUUGAACUUCUUAAGCACUGCAGUUUUGGAAACUGAGUGUGCAUAGUGCUCUCCCUUCAAGGGCUAAAUGGUCGUAAAAACUCUUUUCAAUUGAUGAACACUUCUUAGAAAGUAUAUUUUUAAGGAGAUGAAAGAAAGAAAAAAGAAGAAAAUCAGUGCUAUUUUAUUUCAGCCUCUAAGGGUUUGUCUGACAUUGUAUUCAUCUGUGUGUGUUCGUGUGUGUGUGUGUGUCUUUCCCUUUCAGGUGGGAGGAAUGAAGAGGAGGGUCUGGCAGCCAUCAGGAAGAUCUGCGAAGAGCACAAAGAGGCCAAAGGUAGACUCCUAAACAUGAUGGACACAAACACUUGUGCAGUUGCGUACCUGUAAGAAAAAGAGGGAGAAGAAGAGCAGAGUGGUGGCAGUGCAUCCCACAGGCUUGUUUUAAAGUUUUUACUCAGGUCACACACAUAAUUGCACACUUGUAGGUAGCACACAUACUGAGACAUGCAGAGCCUCCAUGCUGGCUGUACAAUGUCAGAGGUGUUGUUGAUUUACCAUGGGGGAGGAGGAGAUGAGGGGGAAGGAAAAGGGAGGAAGCACAGGGGGGAUAAGUCAAGCAAAGUGUAAAAAAAGGAGGAGUCAAGACAGACGUGGAGGAAGGCACACCUAAGGGAGAGAACAUGACAAAUGGGCACGUAUAGAGCAAUAAAAGAGGGGAGAAAAAGACGAGAUGGAGGUGCGGAGGUGGUGAUAGAGAUGGGGGGGAGACAAAUGAUAGCAGCCAAGAGAUUUAUUACUACAUUGACUAAAGCUUACAGUGUUCUCUGUAACUCCUAUGUUGAGAAAUUGAUUCAGCUGACCUUCACAGCACCAUAAAUUCAACCCUGGUUCCAUGACUAAGAAGCCUCAUGAGUUAUUCCUUACUGUAGCAACAGCCCUGAGUCUGAAGCACCUUGCAAGGGCUGCCAGUUGCUAUUCAUCUUCAUAGUCAUUCAGAGAUAUUAACAAAGUGGAAGUUAUUUGAGUUCUUUGAUAAAAAAGACAAACUCAAGGUGGAGUUUUCUUCGCGUAUGAUGUGAAAAACUGUUUGUUUGCCAUUGCGAUGCUACCUUUAGUGUUAGAGGAUUAUUGGAUCGGACACCCAUCCGCUGUAUUUAAAUGGAAACCAUUUUUUCUUGUGUCAUACUAAGCACAAUUAUAUUAUGUUGCUUUAUGUGCAGUUUAUGCUUAAAGAGGGGGAAGGGGGUAUUAUGCAUCUUUUGACAAAGUCUAUACUGCCUCUCUGAUCCCUCUAUAAUAUCUUUACAUGAUUUUCGGAUUUAAAAAUAAAAGCCUCAAAUUUCUCACUCUGGCGUAUUAAAAUAUCCAUAAGCCGACUUUCUUCUGAUUGGCCACCUCUCCGGAGGCUUUCCGGAAGCCAACCAAGGGCAGAGCUUAAUGUUUUGGCCCUGCUCACUCUAUUGUGGUUGAUCAGUUGAGCAGCAGAGCAGCAUUACUCCAACAGACAUGUAUAUUAUGAACAGUACACUGCACAGUAUACACCCUGUGUGUGCACCCUGUGCACCCUGCAUAAGGUGGAUCAAAUUUUGUAAAUUAGGACGGUCUAACCGCCAGAGAACUUCCUGGUUGCGUCACCAAAUGUCCCCGCCCUCAGGCUCGCGUCACGACUGACUUGAAGAAAAGCCACAGAGUGCAGCAGUUUUUUCUUUUUUAUUGUGUGACUUUGAAAACAUACAAUACAUACACAGAACAAAAGACAGACACAAAAUAAUACAUACUUACAAGCACACAGGGAUUACUAUAUACAACGAACAACAAAGUGACAACCACAAAGAGGAAAGGACUUAACGGAUCAUUUCCACAAAAUUCAUCCAUGAUUUCAUCCAUGGUUUUUGGGCGGCUUUUGAGGAUCCUCGGAAUCACGAGCGAAAUGGGACACCCUUAGCACCACACUGCGAAUGGGCACUACCCAGUCGCAGACCCUGAAUUGACCCACAGCCAAUGUCUACGGUUACCCCACUUGGCUGUGGUGUUUCACCUCACGGGCUGUUGGAGGCAGGCUGUUCAGCUUUGCCGGGAGCUCAAAUAAACUAGGAAGGAAAGUCCAUAAUUCUACUUUAGUGAAUCUUGCUCAUUGACUAAAAUCCCACAUUUGUCAGCGAUGUGGGCAGUUUACAUCUAUUUUCAAAGGUUACGACAGCAUACGUUUACCUCGUGAGUUCAAACUUUGCAUAUAUCAAGUGUGGACACCAAACCUUGGAACUUUCCAUUUUUUGUUGUAAAUGUGGAAAAGGAUACCACCCCUUUGAAACUGACAAAGCUUUGCCAUUUUGUUACUUUGGGAUUGAUCAGGAACUAAAACAACAAUAAAAAGAAAAAGUAUGGUCAUACAGCACAAAAUUUCCACCUUGGCACCACUUUGAAACCAACAGACCAGAGUAGCCAUGUAUGUUUAGUUUUUUAAUGUCGCAGACACACAGCAGAGGAUGUCAACUCAAGGGUAUGCUUAAAUGCAGACACACUCCCACAGCUCAAAUCAGUCUGUCCAGCUCCGGGGUCAUUGUUGAACUAAAACAGAUUCAACAGUGUGCAUUUAAGAAAGCUACCCUGCACCCUGGAAACAAACUGUCGAUAGAGAGUUCAACAAGUUUUCUUGAAAGCCUCUGCAUCAGGACACAACUGUGUGCAAAUGAUGUGCUAAAAAAACACAGUGCCUCAUGAGAGGCCCGUGACUGUCGGCUGCUAUUUAAAGGUAGAGUCAUCUUGAUUGAAUGAUACCUGAAAGCUUAACAAGCACUCUCCAUUUACAAUUUAUGCUUUUAAACUGAGUCCACAAGGUCCUCUGCUACUAUCAUUUUCAGCUUUGCAUCCUUUGCAGCUUUUAAGCUUUUAAUUGCUGCAUCAUGCUUUUGUAUUAUCAAUAGCUAGAUAGUCGCCUUAAUUAACAAUGAGUGCUUUUCUUAGUGUGUGAGGUCUGGAUCUCAUGGCAGCUCUUGUUCUUAUUUUUUUUCCCUCUGUUGUGUUGUGUACUUGAUUCUGAUUGGUGGGUUAAUAUUGCUUAGGUUGAUAAAGACUGUAAAGAGCAGACCACUGCAAGGGAAGCAGCUCAUCGCGCACACUGUUCAGGACUAACAGAUAUCAUUAAACAUAGAUAUACGGUACAUACAUCUAAAUUAGUGAAUGUGACAGAGGAAAAAUCAAAACAUGAAUUUCAGCUGUUAAAUAGAUAAUGUGUAUUCAACUUUAUCAGACAUUAACAUAAAAAACAGGAAUAGUGACACACUCUCCUUUAUUUAGGGGGGAAAAAUUUUAUGUUCUGUGUAAUAGAGUUAUAAAGUUUGUCCACAGCCCCAUAAGCUUUGCUGGUGGAGGCGGGAUUUAUGACCUAUACUGCAGCCCAUCAACAGAGGGUGCUGUUCUCAGAGUGGCUUCACCCAGAGAGGAGGCAGACUCUACAGCCUAUGGGCGUUCAGGGAUUGCGUUGCUCAGCCGGGGGGAUACGCUGUUUGAGCCGAGCGUCAUCACAGUGACUCUCGGCGACUGCGCGGCCGAAUGCGCGCAUCGCUACUGCGCAGCGCUGGUUUCAGGAAAUGAAGAAAAAUCCUGGAAAUAUCAAGGAUUUUUUGGCUUCAAAUCUGUAUACAGGCGGUAGGCGGAACCAAGUUGUCCAUAGUAUAAAGAAAAUAAAUAAAUUAAUAAGUAAAUAAAUAAAGGUUUGCUUCAAAGUGUACUUUUAUAAACUAAAAAGGGGACUAGAAGUUUAUUACUUGUAAAUCAAGAAAUUUACUUUCAAGUAUGCUUCAAGUGUACUUUCAUAAACUAAACAUGGUCAAAUUUAGUGUGAAGAACUAUUAAAUUAAUAUACUUUGUAGUACACUAAAAGUACAUGGUCGGUAUUAUAUUUGAUAUACUUAUACUCAACCAUACUUAAUGAAAUGAACUUUAAGUGUACUACUUUUUGCAAAGGGAAACGUAUAAAAAUUAGUAACAUGAGUAACAUUCAAAACUUUGUAAAAUAUUCACAUAUUCACAUAAAUGUUUCCAUUUAUGAAGGCCAAGAAUCAUGGAAAUGAUGUUUGCAAGUUGACACAUAUUCUGUGCAGGCUGGUAGAAAUCCUUCUUAAUACUUAUUCCAGCCAUGGUUUGGUUUUGUCGUGGACUGUGUCUCUUCUCUCCUUAAAAGGUAAUGUCCUUCUCUUGUCUUUGAAAAUGAGACUGUUGUCUGGAGGAAGAAAAAAGCAAACCACUGAACUGUCAAAUUUUACUUUAUUGACCUAGAUAAUGAAAAAAGCAAAUUCCAGCCCUCUGCCUGGUAGUGACAGCAAAUGUCACUGCCUUAUUUUAGCACUGCUUUUUCUUUUGGCUGAUUAAUUGCUCAGUUAUUUCAAAAGAUACCAUCUGAGUUUCACCUUUACACUUAAAUUAGGAGAUCCCAUUCAGUGAAUUUAAUACAUAGUUUAAUUAAAGACACGUCUGAGAAGUUUGACUCCUGCGGGUACAACACUGAUCCUCAGAUUAUCAGCCUGUUCUGACUGUAUGUGCUUCAUCAUCUCUCACUGAUUGAGCUGACUGCAGCUCAUGUAUGAUACUGAUGGGAGGUAGGUUUCAGUUUGCCUUGGCUUUGCCUUAGACAGCUGCAAAGAGCUGGCUGCCUGGCUGGGUCCCUGCUUGUGUGUAAGUGGCUGUCAGGUACAGAGACAGCGGCCAUGUAGCUGGUGUCAUUGAAGUCGAUUUCCCUGGACGGGGCCGUGGUGGAAUUGAUUACUUCUUUUGUAAUUGGCAGGCGCUGAGGCAUAGGGGACAAGGGGGGUGUCUGUAGCCAGAUGCCUGUGCACUGAAUGAGAAUGUGUUGAUGUGUGUGUUUGUGUGUGCGUGUUUGUAUGUGUGUUUCGUUUUGUUUGAGUAAGACGGUAAUGGAUUCUCAUUAGUAUGGGAGGCAGGAGCUUUAAACAUCUCUGUCUAACGCCCUUUGGCAUCCUUCCUGGUGUUUGCACAUUGUCUGUUAUGAGAAAUAGGAGACGGCUCAUAAUAUACAUGUGGGCCGCAGAGGUGGUUCUCAAACUGGGGACCAGGGGAAACCAUUAAGAGACCUUUGGGUUUUUAAGGUGCCAUUAAUUACAAAGAAAUGAUUGUCCUGAAGUAGACUAAUAUCUUAUAGAUCAAUGCUUUUUGGAGAGUUGGAGUGGUGUGGGUGGCAGUAAAGGAAAUCCAUCAUCAAUACCAUACUUUGCUUAUUUUGAGCUUAUAACUUUUAUUGAAUUGUAAUACGGUGUUUGCAACACGAGCCUUAUGAAACUUUUGGAGUUAUUUUCUAUUCCACUUAAAUGUUUUUAGAUCCUUAUAUCUAUAUCUGAAACUGUGAUUAACAUUUCCAAACUAGCCAUGGAUAACUGUCUGGUUAAUAUCUGGUACAACUAGCCAUCUAACAAAACCAAGCAAGAUCAGGAGCAGUCUUAUUACUCUUAAAUAAACUUGAUUAAAAAAGAAACUCUGAUAUGAAACUUCCUAACUUUUAGUUGGUGAGCAGCCAAGCUGUUUUGGAGGUCAAGCUAAGGUUUGACUCAUCAUAAUACAAGAUCCAAUCUUACCUUAUCUUAACAUCCAAUCUCAUCCAAGCCUAAUCCACCAUGAACAGGGCACUUUGCAUCAUUUAGCAAAGUUACAGUGGUAAAGAAAAUCUGUCUUUUAACAAGCAGAGUUUUAUCAUAUUACCAUAUACUAGAGGUGCCAUCAAUAAAAAAUGUUAAGUACAAUCCUGCAGAAAUAUGCUUUUGAUUAGACACUGCAAGUGGGCAUUAGCCAGUGAGGAUACAAUGUAAAAUAAUUUUAGUUUGAAUUAAACACACACACACACACACACACACACACACACACACACACACACACACACACACACACACACACACACACACACACACACACACACAGAUAUGCAAAUAGAGGGUAUUUCUGUUUUUUGCCUCAGGCAUUGCAUUCUGUCCACUAACUUAAGUCACGGUGCGCUUAAAAGUAAAACUUUUUGCCUCAAAGCAUAGACCUAGAUUUAACAGUGUGAAAGCAGGGCUACCUGUGUGUGUUGGUGUGGGUGAAGGUGUAUCUGUGUUUCCUUGCUGAACCAAACUCAAAUUUUCUGACUGAAAUGACUGUUUCAUCCCUCCUAUGAAUGCUACUGUUAUUGAUCGAAACUCUUUAGCAAAUGUCUGUAUGUCCUAUGUACUGUAUAGAGGCUGUUGUUCUCAGUACAUGUAACCCAGGUCCGAUCACCACCGAUUGCCUGUUCCCCAGCUCUCUCCCCUUGACUCUGACGCUAUCCACUGUCCUGUUUCUCUUUAAUAAAAGGCCCCAAAAUAAAUCUUAGAAUAAAAAACAGUGUGGUCACAUUUAUUUGGUUCAGUCAUAAAAGUUAUUGCAUCUGGCCUCUGAGGCUGUAAAUACGCUGCACAUUAUUUCGUAGGGAUUGUGUCCAUAUUGAGUGUUUAUUUGUGUAAGCGCUGUAUUAUUGGAUAGUAUGAGACAGCCUUACAGCCUUAGACCUUUGGACACUUUCACAUUACUGCCGCUUGACUUUUGACUCAUGGAAGUAUCAUCCCUUUAAUACUAUAAGCCGGAAUUGACUGGGUCAACAACUUGCAUCCUCUUUCUCACAUCAGGUGAAGAAAAAUGUACUGUAUGUGUAGGAGUGAAUACUGGCACAACGCCCAGACUUAAUAUUCUUGGAUAUCUCUGAGCUGUUUAUCAGAGUGAAAGUAUUUACUGUUCUUUCUUGUCACCCUUUGAGAGUCAGUCUCUGAGGGGGCAGUUCUCUUAUCCUUUUGUAGUUUUACUCUCUGUGAAGAUAGAGAGAGUGUUAAUGGAUUUACUUCUUAUAUUCAAAACAAAAUAUGGCAAACUGAUCUUCCAAACUCAAAUUAAAUCAAUCAGUCAUAUUUGACCAGCAAGAUCCUACAUUUCAAACUGUUGUGAAAGCUCUGACUGUGAGGCACUUUGUAAAAACUCAUCACGUGUUAACACACUAACUGCAUUAAAUAUCUGAGAUCUCCUGCAUUUUUGCAAGCAAUAGAUUUUUAUGUGUUAACAAGCUGUAAAUUUUUUAUCCUUUUAGGGGUAAUACAGUUUAAAGUCCCACUCCGAUCCUUUUUGUUUGUGUGUUCUCAGUGGUCUUUAAGUUGUGAUUGUGAGGUUUUUAACCAAAAUCACGUUAACUGUGUCAUUUUCAAGGGCUUUCCUUCUGUAGAGCUCCAGUAGCUCAUUAGCAAAUCACCUCUUAGUCAUGGGCGGAGACAACGCUGCUCUGCACACUCCUCUUCACACUAGCUUCGGCCUUACAUUGUCGGUGUAGUAGAAGUAGCAGGUAACAUAGGAGCUAUUCAGCUCUGAGACGCUAAUGUCUUUGGGAACACGAUGAAAGCUAUCAUAAUUAGCUUUCUCACAAGCAUUGCAAUCCGCUAACACACAAGUUUGUUCCGCGAUCGUCCUCUUUACUUCUCCAAGUCUGGCCUGCAUCGCAGGGCUCUUGAGGCAGAGCUUGGAUUUGCUACGUAGGAAAUCUCACUGUGUCUGAACCUGCUGUUUGGGUCUGCCUGAGAUUCACAGCGAUUUGAAUGAAGAAGUAUUCAGAAAUGCAAUUUCACACUUAGUUUUCUCAUGAUAUGUGCUGUAGCAUCAGAAAAAUGCCAUAUGGACAAAUAGACAACAAGAAAAACAUGAUUUUCAUCAGAGUGAGUCUUUAAAAACCCUAUCUACUAGAGUGGUAUUAAUGUCCGAGAGAGAAAUGAAAAAUUUCUGUUGAGGAAAGAAGUCAGCCUUUAUAAUUUUCUCUUACGCUGCUGCUUCUUUUAGAAAGUAGUCAAGAUGGAGGAGAAGAAGAUGCAACGACAUAAGGGCCACAAAGUGAACUUUUGCCCCAUGAGUUGAGCAUGAGCCGUGAGCAUUAGCCGACUUACAUAUUAAUUACCUGCUGUCCUGACAGACUGUGCUUGAAUUUGUUAUGAUGUCUCAGGCGGCCUGUGUGGUAGAGCGGCAGGGGAUGUCAAAGUGAGAUUUUAUGGACAUUUACCGUUGCAUGCUGAAGUCUUGUUGGAGGAGCAACUCCAAAGUGCUUUUUACCCCUCUGGUCCGAUCACAGUUGUAUCAUGCUGAUAAUAUUGAGAGUACUUCUGCAAAUGUAGUUGCAGAAGAAGAAGUUUGAGUUCAGUGCCUGAGCCAUCAUCUUAGCUAAAACACCUGCUUGGAAAACAAAUAAAUGUCUACAUUUCUAAUAAAACAUCAGCGGCCACACAGUAAAGAGAAAAUAAAAAAUGUAGAGAGAAAAAAAAUCAUAAAUAGUUGAUAUUCAUAGUUGAUAUACGUUCCUCUAACAUUCACUCUGAUGCCACCAUGACAUGGCAGGAUCUAUUUAUAGAACCAAAUUAUGGCUUCUAAUAAAAGUGUAACUCUUGUCUGGUGAUGAAAAUGGAGUUGUUUGUUAGCAGAGGAAAAGGAAAGUUGGAAAAAAGGGUGACAGUCUACAAGCUUUAAAGCAGUCAGAAAUCUCCACUCUUCCAUGAAACCAUCCCUUUGACUUUUGCCCCCAUCUAGACUUUACAAGUCAUAAAUGUGACAUGGUGCAUUCAAGUGUCUUUGUUUGGAAGUAAUUCCAAAAAGCACAGUGUGGCAGUUGUUUUGAAGGCAAAAGAAAAAGAAGUGUGGGGACACAGUAACAAAAAUGGCACCUUCACCUUUCAGCUACAAUAGUCCUUUCUCACAGCACACAGUCUGACUUGUUAUAGAGGGAACAGCACAGGUGAUGCCUCUGUUCUCUCACUGUGUCCCAGUUAACCAUGCCACUGUGACAGUGAGUCAGUCGGCACAGUAUCCGGAAACUGAAAUGAGUGAACAGAACAAACACACUACCCUUUUUAUUUUCUCUCAGUGUUUUUCUCACAGUGCCACAUCAACAUAUCCAUAUCCAAAUACCCAAAUAAAACAUUUUUUUUGUGAUCAGGAACUGCUCUUACUGGCUCUGCUGCCAUUGCCUGGACUGUAGAACAGGAUCUUGCUCCAGUUUUCCCUAACAGACAUGGUCGACUCCUUCUUAUGGCUUAAUUUGAUAUGAUAUGUGAUGAGUAAGGAUAGGCGAUAAGUUAUCGUUCAUGAUUUAUCGUCAGCAAAAUCCUAUUUGCCACCUCAUGAUGAAUGCAAUAAAUGCAAGUUUAAGACAUAAGCGCGAGCGACGGCCAAAGAUGGUGAAGAUUGGGGCAUAGACGAGCACAAUCAGGUAAGCCUGACAUUGGACAGUGAAUCUGCUACAGCUGUUCACUCAGUGCGAUAAGAGUUUUGAAUAAAUGUUGAAAGCGUUUUCACAUUUCUGGCUUGUUUGAUGUCACUAUUUUCUCCAUAACCUACUACUUAAACUUGUGGUUAAGUAUCUUAUUUGACUAUGCCAAAUGGAAGGUCAGAUCCAAGAACAAUGUUUGUGGUGUUCUCAAGACAGAAUGAGCCAAAAACAUGAAUUGGAAUGAUAAUAUUUUUUAUUGGGAUUUUAAUCGUUAACGCCAGAAUCGCAAAACUUGUCGUGAUAAAUUUUUGAGCCCAUAUUGCCCAUCCCCAGUGAUGAUGAUUUAACACAGCCAAGCGGGAAAGCCAGUCAAUAAAUCACCUUAAAAACAACUUUGUGACUUUCUUAUGCUGCGUUCCAGUUGUACUUGGAAGUCGGAAUUUCCAAGCUCCAAGUCAGAAAUUCAUCUGGAACAGCCCUUGAAGUCGGAUUUUUGACUCGAAAAGUCAGACGAUCCUCACCAACCCCGAUUUGACGACAACGUCAUAAGAUGGCGGUGCAGUGCAUCAGCGGUAAAGAGUAACAGUGAAAGCUCUCAUAAUGUAUUAUUAAUUAUUUUUGUGAAAUUAAAUAAGUGGUAUAUGUUGUACUGCCCAACGUCUAACUGUGAACACGGUGCUAUGGUGUUUGUAAGAGUAAAAUACUGUGUUAUGUGUUGUUUACAGCUGGUAUAGCUAACAACAACUAACAACAGCUGAAAACCGCUAACAACAACUGACAACGGCUAAUGACAGCUGACAACUGUUAACAACAGCUAACAGUAUGCGUCCAUCUUGGUUUCCCGACUUUUUAACUGGAACGCCCUCAACUCAGUGUAACGUCAUUCCCAGCUCCAACAUCCGACUUCUGAGGUAACUGGAACGCAGCAUUAGUCUAUUUAGAGACAAGUUUUCACUUGGAAAUCUGAGGGUUAAAAAACAAGGCCCUGAUCUUUUCACUCUCUUUCACCUGUUUCUUAAAAAAAGAAUGGACAACAGGAGCACGUUCAGCCUAAACUCAAUUCAGCAUAAUUUGUGUAGCGCAAUUUAUAUGAAUGUAAACUUCAGGUAUUAGAUCAUUUAAAAGUAAAACUGAAAGUUCAUGAUAAAAACAUCUCUGCAGCUGCUCAUAUUUGAUAAAAGUAACACACAGCAAAAAUGAUGAAGAGAUGUGGAAAAGCAUGAGUGGGCCCAUGGGUCUUAAACGCUCUGUCUCCCCCAAAGGCACUUCCUGUUGUUACUUUGUGAUAAUUCCUGAAGAACAACAAUAAAGUCAGUGUGUUUUGCUAUUGAGCCGCAGACGUCGCGCUCUAUAGAACAUCCUGGGUCUUAAUAGAGGGCUGGCAGCAGCAGGCUAGAGCCCGAUCGAUGGCAUUUCAUUCUCAGUGGGCUUCUUGAUACGACUGACCUAUCUGAAAAGACUCAGCCCCAAGGGAUCCCACUCAAGAGGACAGGAGUGGACUGACAGGCUUGACAUCCACACGGAUGUGAACACAUAUCCACAGAAGUAUUAUCCCUGCUAAAUACAUGCAUACACAUACACACACAUGCUCUCUGCUGUCCAAAUGUCAACAGAGAAAAAUAAUGUUCCAAAACUGUCAUUCUGUCACUACAUAUACACUCACACACAUAAGUACAGUACAUACACACUCAUCAAAAGGUGAGUGGCAAUGGCUUCCAGAUAAGGCUGCUAUCAGACCCCAAUCUAGGAUGGCUGCACUCUCAUCUGUCAUGGCGGCCUUUUUCCCUCUCAGCUCUAUCAGGCUUCCUCCCUUCUGCUGCUCUUUAGUCCUCGUCUUGUCUUUGUCCACCAUUUGACCCUUUACAGGCUCUCUGGAGUCAUAUAGGGGGCAAUCCUACAUUUCGACAUUUAGCUUUUUUGUAUGGUUUCUGUACAUUUGUAAAUGCUUUUAACCAAAGACAGAUUUUUAACACGAGAAGAAGUAAUUCAGAGCAACAGUGAAAAAAGGAUCUUUACAUAUCAGGGUGGGGUUGUUCUGCUCCUGCUGCACAAAUGCAUAAGAUGCAGUCGUAGAGAAAUGUGAAGAAAAUCUUUUUUUUUCUCUGUUAUCUUUAUGUUUGUGCUCUGCAUAACUUUCUGAUUGGGAGAUUGUUUCUGUUGUUUGCUGCAAAGAUCAAUUCACUGGGUGUCAAAAUUAACAUAUAAAUGAGUGAAAAAGCUGCAAACAGCACGUACGGUAUGUUUUGUAUGUUUGCCCUCAGGUAGAGAGAGAGGAAAGUAUGUUAAAGCCGGCACCGGGCAUGCAAAGGAGGCUGCAUGGUGAAGUAGCAAUUUAAAGCCUUUCUGUAAGGGAUGGGAUUUCAAUUUGCAGUUAAAGAUUAGGAGUGACUCUGCAGUGCUUCAGUUUAGAAAAGUCAUUCCACCGAAGGAGAGCCUGUUGGGGAAAGAAGAGAAUAACAUCUUUACUUUUAUUUAUCGCAAAAGUAAAUGAAGGAGAAGAGAGGAACAGACAGCAAAGGACUAAAAACAAAGUCAAAAAGGAAAAAGCCUCAGAGCCCGCCACAGAAUAUUAAACAAAUUAAUUAGAUGCUUCAAAAUGCUUCAAAAAACUCUUCCAUUAACUGACAAAGUUUUGAGUCAGCACCUUACUGCCAGCUUUAAAACCUACUGUGUAUUCUGGUCAAACAUGCUCAGUCUUGAGCGGUCUGAAGGCCUUGGGACCACUUUUGGAUUGUUUGGUCCUGCAGUGAAAUCAACUUUCACUUGCUACCUCUUGAUAAUCUGAUCCAUUAAUAACACAACUUCGCUGUGAUGCUAAUGACACACAAUUUGACAUCCCAAUCAGACAUGGUGACCAGUCAAACACAACUGUCAUUUACUGCUUUGAAGAGAUACAACCAUGGAUGUCAGAGUCUGUAUGAAAAACUGAUCUGAAAUAUGGUGAUGUCCCCCUCACAGAAGAAAUUUUCUCACCCAAAAUCUUGGUGACUUCUUAAAUUAUGCUAAAUCUGCAGCAAAAAAAUGGAUGUGAUAUUUCUUUCAGCUCAGAAACAUGACUAAAUUACGUUUCCUCGCUGCUGGCUUGAAGGGUACAAAUGCGCAGCCGCGCAGCCGGAAGUCAAACCACUGUUGUAGUUCUUUUGUGUUGCUAGCGCGGUCAAGAGUGUUGGCUCUCACUGAGAGAUGACUACAAAAAUGGACGCACCUGUUCAUCUGGUUGUUAAACACGGCUGAAAAUGAUCAUCUUUUAAUGUUGUUCCCGCUCCUGCCCACUCCCGUUGCCUUUUUUUCCCGUCCCGUCCCGAUCAAGGGAUUAAUUAAAAAAUGACUCCCAUCCCGUGGGAUUCCCGCGGGAAUCACGUGACCCACGGGAAUUCCCGAAAAAAGUCAUCCUCUACAGGGAAGGUCCCGGAGCAGAUGAAACAGGUGCCGGAGCGGCUGAAAUAGGUACCGGAUCCGAUCAAAAGAGGUCCCGGAUCGCGCUCCGACUUGCUCCGGCACAAAUUAAGCACUGCUUACAAUGAUCCCCUCACGUGUGUAACCCAGGUAACCCGCAACGGCGGGAGACGCUGGACACGAAGAGGGCACGUAAAGCGGCGUCAUGUCGCAAAAUCGAAAGAGAAAUGCAAGCCUACAUGUCAACGCAUCCUUUUCUUUGUAAGAAAAUAUUGUUUUCUUUCCCGUUCGACACCAAAUACACUUACUGAAUGUGCAAUUAUUGUUGUUGUUACUAUGAAUCAUCUGAUGGCACAAGCCCUAUGGAUAAAAUACAACCUAUCGCCCGAAACGAUAAAAAUAAAAAUGGCACGAUAGACAUUUUCUAUCGUGCCCACGAUAUCUAUCGUCCUAUCGCCCAGCACUAUGCUGAUAUCACUCCAAUAUUAGCACCUCGACAUCUGUUUUCAGAAUUCAUUUUCAGAUUCUUUUAAUCACAUUUAAGGCCUGGCAUGGAUUAGCUCUGCCUGAUAUUUCUAAACGUUUUAUGCCCUUAUGUCUGAGAUCCUCUGGUCGUACUAUGUUGGCUGUUUCAGUGUCCAGGUUGAAAACCAAAGGGGACAGGUCUUUAGCUGUCAAAGCAUCCAGGCUCUGGAUAUCAGACUUGCAGAGUCUGUUUCUCUAUUUAUUUCACUGCUCAGAUACAUUUUUACUGCAAAGCUUUUAUUUGGGUAUUUUUGAUUUUAUGUUAUAAUUUACCUUGAUUUUACUUGGGUGUGUGCUUUGUAUAAUAUCCUUUUUUUAAUUGUGAUUGUGAAGCACUUUAUCUGUUUUAAAAAGUGCUUUUCUUACAGUUUGAAUACAGAUUCAAGCACUAAAUAUUUCAAUUUCAGCAGCAGAAUUAACUUUACAUUAUUGCUUAUCAAUAAAAACCCUGCUAAUUCAGAGGUUCUCCUCAUCUCUGAAGCUGUUUCAACUUACAUGUCCAAGUUUCUAUAAUUUAUUUUCUUUUUUUUCAGAGCUGAAAAGUUUUCAAGAAUUACAUAAUGAAGAGUUUUAAAAUUCUUCGUAUUCCCUGAUUAUUUAUUAGACAUUUUAAAGGAGUAGUUACUACCUUUGCGGGUCUUAAAAUGAUGGUGUGGUUUCAAACACUCUCCAUGCUAAGUAGGUGUAUAUCUGUCCGAGUUUUAAAGUUUAGUCAGUGUUCAGGGUCUUAAUGUUCUUACCUGCCAUGCAUACUUUCACACUCACAGUUCAUGCUCCGGUGAUACCAGCUCCUACUUCUGUCUGUUCCUACAUUACACCCCAUAGAACAGUGUGUUAAGCUUUUGAUAGAGCUCAGGAAGAAGCAUUAGAUUUGAUAUUAUGUGUCGGAGCAACAGAAGUGUAGAGCUGUAUUGUAGUGUAAGAGACCACCGAACCUGCUGUAAGAGAUGAUUAAUACACUCUUUGAUGUCUUACCAACCAAAACGGCUCCAAGAAAUAAUCCUUUUAAAAUGGCUCUGAUAUGUGUGUGUGUGUGCCUGUCCCUGUGUUUGUGUGUCCCUGUCAGUGGACUUCAUGAGACUGGACCUCGCCUCUUUGCAGUCUGUCCAUCAAUUUGUUCAGCGCUUCAAGGAGCAGGACCUGCAGCUAAAGAUUCUGGUCAAUAAUGGUGAGUGAUUGAAACACAUGCUCAAAACUUUUCAGAUCCUGUACUGACCACAGAGAAAUUAAAAAGAUAAUUUUAUUUAAGGCCACAAAUGAUAUAACUGUUGCUGUCAAUAGAGUACUUUUGACGAAGAUAAUGAAGUUUUUCACAUUCAGACUUGAUUUCUUAAUUUUUUUGUGGGUUUAAUCAGGUUUUCACUCAUCUUAAAUGAGGAUAUUCCACCUGAAAUUUAUAGGGGAAAGUGACUGUAUAUAUAAAAAUCAUGUGUUACAAAUGUAUGAUAUUUGUGGACAAUCAGUGGACCCUUUUUUAUGGACUUUAAAUGUUUGUCUGUGUCUAGCGGGUGUCAUGCUGGUUCCCGAGGGCCGGACUGAGGAUGGAUUUGAGCAGCACUUUGGUGUAAACUACCUAGGUCAUUUCUUGUUGACCUGGCUCCUCCUGGACACACUGAAGAAUUCUGGGAAAUGUGGGGAUUUCUCUCGAGUGAUUAACGUCUCCUCGUCAGCCCACCGCAUUGGGGAGAUCCAACUAAAUGACCUGAACAGCAGGUACAGACAUUCAUUCAGCCAGCAUGCAAGAUGCUGUAUUAUGCAGGAAGCAAAAUAAUAAAAAAGAGGUUUAUGAAACAAGCAUUUGAGAAAUAGAUGAAAGGUAACAGCAUGUUAAACAGAAACAGAAAACAUUAGUUUAAUAUCAGCCAGGGCCGCACAAUUUUGACCAAAAAUAAAAUCCCGAUUUUUUUCUCUGAAAACUCCAUUUUCAUCUAAGAUUUUUUAUUCAGUUACAACUUCACCAAACUUCACUUUUAUGUUAAGUUUUUCUAUCAUCUCUCAAAACAAAACCAUUGAAAACGAUGUAGUGCAUAUGCCAAGCCAGUUAGUGGCGCUGUAACGCUGCCCAGGAAAUGCACAAAAGACAGAAGAAGAGUACAGAGCAAGUGUAUAAAGGUUGUUUUGGUCCGACACGUGCAGGCGCCAUAAAAGAGUUACACUGUGUGUCACAUGAUCGUUUCCAGAGAGAUGCAGAUAGACAUCCACUGGUAGUCGUUUACAGAUUUAUGCACUUUCUGACCCAUUUUCAAAAAGCACUGUUUACAGGCAUUGGAAUUGUCAUUUCCGUGUGGAUGAAAUGCCGAUACGACAGAAAACUUUUGCGUUUACUCACAAAUUCGUUUCCCUGUGGACGGGGUGAUACCGCCUUCAGACAGACUUUGCAGCAGGGAGGGGUUUGCUCUUCAUUUGAAACUGCAAAGCUGUACCAAUUCCUCACGACUGAUUUUCUCUUGCCCGUUAUAGCUACAAAAUUAUCGCUUUCUUUUGCAAACACCAUGUUUGUUUACACUGGUGUGUGUGGGAACUGGGCAGCACUCUCGCAGGAAGGGGGAGCCUAUGGUGGCCUGGAGGGGCGAGACAUGAUAGAGAGGAGAGUCGAUUUGACAAUUUUAAUUUUUUUUAACUUUAUAAUUAAAUCAUUUGAUUACGAUCUUAAAAAGAUUAAUCGUGCAGCCCUAAUAUCAGCUAACCUUGUUGUUAACUUAAAUACAUUUUCUUUGGGCAGGGUCAUCACCCACACCUUGUGGUCAUUUCCUCUGUGCUGGUAAUUUUCUGUCUGCAUCAAGGGUCACCUGUUGGCUUCAGUUCCCUCAGAAUCACUGUAGCGAGCAGCUCUGCUGUCCACAAGCAUUAGCACCUGAAAUGUCUUCAUUGUGUUGAAGCUGUGCUUCAGUGGUGAGCUGAGAAAAAUGAAAGUGUACUCAUUGUGAGUGUGCUUUUCUUUUCUUCCGGCCACUCACAGCCUUUCGCACCACAGACAUAUUCACCCUUUCACCAAACAUAAACCCACGGCAGAGGCUUUUUCAGUAACUAGCUAAUGACUUUGAGAUGUGGGCUGCAGGAUCAAACAGUUAAUCUUCAUAAGAUCACCAGCCUUACCUCUGUCUCUGGAACAUUUUGUGUAUUUUCAAAUAAUCUGUCACAUUUUGUUUUUCAAAUCUCCCACCUUUGACACAAAUCAUUUAUUGAUCAAAUUUGAACUCCUGCACUUAUUUGACUGUACAUUUCAUAUUUGUGCUCUCAGGUUAACAAUACCUGCCUCUUAAAACCACGAAUAUUAUAGAUAAAGAACACAUCACAUUUGUCACAUUUGUGUUUUUAGGUGUGUGUCUAUUUACAUUAAAGUUGAAGCUUGCCACCUGUUUGAAUGUUCAGGCCUUGUAUUACAGCUGUGCUUUUUUUAUAAUAGCAGAUGCCUGCAUUGACAGUCUGACAGAUGAUCAACAGGAACAUUGAGAAUUUCAAUGACAUUAAAGCAUAAAAACAUUUCUGAUCUUGCAGCCACAAACACAUCCUGAAAAAUCAUACAAAUUGUCCUAGAGAGGUUGUUCCUGAGCUUUGGAUGAUUUUUUUGUAAAUAAGUGUCUUUGCAGAUCUCCACAGGGCUGGUUUCAAUGACACUGUGUGUCCUUGUUUGCUAAAUUUGAUCACUGAGCCUGGAGAUUCAGGGAGGUAGUGUUAACUUUCAACUCAAAAAAGAACUUGGCCUUGUUUUAUGGGACAAGUUACUCUCCUGAUUUAAAAUGUCACUAACUGUGCCUACAAAUGAUCAAAACAAACUGAAAAAACACAAAAUUCUUCUGACCUUGUUUAUUAAACAGAGGCACGUUUCAUUUUGUCUUCUUUUUCUACAUCUCUCUCUCUCUCUCUCUCUCUCUCUCUCUCUCUUCCUCUCUUGUCAGCCAGCGCUAUUCAGCCCAUGCUGCUUAUUGUAACAGUAAACUGGCACAGCUGUUCUUCAGCUCCCACCUUCAUCGGGAGCUGCAGCAUGGAGGUUUUCCACUGAGUUCAUGUGCUGUGGAUCCAGGAAUCGUGGAUACGUCUCUCUAUCGCCACCUCUGGAAGCCCCUCCACUUGGCACACAGAACAAUUGCUCACCUUCUUUUCCGGGUAAAACACUGUCCUGACUUUCAUCCGCCUUUUCACAGCGAGACUAAAUUGCUUAAAUUGAUUUCUCUCAUCCAGCAGGAGAGGAGGGAGAUAUGAAAGAAAAUUGAACUUCAUUUGGUAUUCCUUUUCAUGUGAAAUUUCAAGUAGGUUUUUUGGUGCCGUGUUAUAUUUGAAAGGGUAUUCCUGUGAGUUGCAUGAUGUACAUUUUAAUAAGGCUGACAGACUUGGACACUUUCUUGUUUAAGGCUCACAUUGUGGUUCCAGAAAUAAUCAGAAGACGCCAAAGCCUUCAAACUCUCCAAAUAUCAGCAGAUUUGGCUGUUGUCCUCUUUAAUUUGUGUUGAACUGAAAAGACUGAAAUGUAAAUCCCUUUAGGGUGAAAAAAGUAGUUGAGUGUAUUUGCUCAAGGUCUCAGAGAUUUAAAAACCUGUUUCUGCUGUGAGAAAACAAGCGAUCUGCACUCCAUCUCCUCCGCAGUGAUAAAGGACUUCUGAAGUGCUGUCUGCUCUUUGGAAAUAGAGUCCUCGUUUUGAAAAGUCACAAUUGAACCAUGUCUAAGCCUCCCCUAGUGAGUCAAGUUAAACUCUGCCUCCUCUUCAGCACACAUGCCAAAUUCUGAAUACAGUCAGGUGUAAACAAUUAUACUAGCAACUGUUGUCAGAACUUUCAGAAGAAGCAAACUUAAUGAAAAACAAAUACAAUACAUUCAAUGAAUAUUUAGCAUUUUCAAAUUAUGCAAAAUUGGGAUGAUCCAGAAACACUGAUGAUUUUUCUUGGCCUGAGCCCAAUUAGGGGGGUCACAGGCAAAGUGGAAAAAUGUCCAAUGAUCUGAUGAAUCAAAUGUGACUUUCUUUUUGGAAAGCAUUUGAUUGAAAAGUCUCUUCUUGUCUUGUAAAACAACCCCUGCCCUUUUUUAACCAGCACUCAACCAGCAUCGCUCUCACACCAGCAGUUAUCAGGUAGAGUAACAACAGCGACAGGUUUCUGACAGCCUAUGCAGACAGAACUGUGUUCCUCAAUUCUUUGACUAAUGUAUCAUCCACUAUUUCUGUGUUCAAGGGUAUGUUUGGCCUGAAUGCAUGGUCUAAAGUAUUUCUAAAGCUCACCAUCUCCUCACACCUGUUACCUCGCACUGUACCACUGCAGGUGCAAUCGCCAUAAGGCACAUUUUGCAGCACAGCCUCUCCAUGAUCCGUCCACAUUUAGCCUCAGCAGUUACCAGCACUGGAUUGAUAUAUAGUAUUGAUAAUGGGAGUAAACUAACCUGAAAGCAGCAAGAUGUUCCUGAAAGCAACCAAGCUCUAUUGACUUGCAGCACGACUGCAGAGGACAGACUUUAAAGUCAUGGACAACACAUUUUCCUCUUGCAUUUGGAAACACAAAAAUAGCAGUGUGACACAUUUUGAUUCAUUUGUUCAACAUGCACGUCCUGCAAUGAAACUAUUGCACAUCAUAAAGCUUCUAUCCAACAGAUUUACUGGGCAGCCUUUGUCCAAAACUGCUGACUGUUUAAAAAGACAGACCUCCUGUAUAUUCAACAGCUUGGAGUCGAGGGCAGAUCCGUGUCAUAUCUCAAAAAGAUAAAACAUUAUUCUUUUUAAAUAAUGAGCAGAGGUUAAGUUCAGAAGAAUCAAUAGACAUUCAUGGGAGGUGCUGUAUUUUAGUAUGUAGCUAAAAGGAGCCUUGCUGUGUGUUGCCCUGUGCUCACUUAGCUCUCCUACAGCAGACAGGUCUCAUUCACAGACUGCAAAUACUGACAUUUGGUUCUUUCAAGUCGUCCUUCAUUCAGACACACUGUGUACCCUUCAGAGCAUGUAGUAGUCAACCAUGGAUCAGAGGAGAGAGACAGUGAUGGGAUGUCACCCUGUCAUUCAGUUUUCCUUUAGCAAAAAGCUGGGGAAAACCCAUCAAAAAUAGUAAUAAAAUAAUAUUUAUACCCUCUUUAGCAUUCAAAAACGGUCACAAUGUCUGAGGUGCUGCUGCUUCAUUGUUAAGCGCUAUUCAAGGUACCGCAGUAACAUGAACGACAAACUGGAAGGCAACAUAAUAUUGUGUACAAGGUUUUAUUACACACAAGGAACCACAGACACAUUGAGGCACAUGCAGUCUAUCCACAUGACAGAAAACUAAAGCAGUGCUAAAAUCAAAGCAGGCAGCUCACAGUGUAUUAUAUUUUUAAACAUUUCUUGCAUAGCUUCAAGCGCAGGCCGCAGGCUGCUGUUAAUGUCCCGGGGAUCUAAUGGAAGGAGACAAGUGUGCGUGCACGAGCUCAAAAGUGCAAUUGUCGCUGGCAUUUGCCUAUGAGCGCAACCUUUGGGGUGCUUCUGCUCCACAUACGUUAACACAAUAUUAUCACAAACUCAUACAUAUAAUCAUUACCACACACACACACACACACACACACACACACACACACACACACACACACACACAGACUGGCUCUGCAGAUACAUUACCUUUGAACCUCAAGCCAUAACAUGCAGGUUCAUGCAGAGCUGAAAAAUAGAGAAGGGCUGGAAAGAAAUGACAAACUUUGUCUUUGUUAAGAACUAAACAAAACGAUUUUAGGAAAAUUUAGGCAGAUAUUAUAGAAAAAAAUCAAUCACUGAAGCAUGAAAGCUGAUGUUCUUUGACAAGGAAAUGGAUUAUUGUUCAUGUCUGGCUACGUAAGGAGAAUCAUUCAUUCAGUUAUGAAUAAGACUGUCAAAUUUUUAAAUUCCAGCUCUAGAUUAGUGACUUAUUUCUGAUUUAAAACUGGUGAUCUACCUAUUCAUAUUUAUAGUAGAGUUUAAUGUUGUACAUGCUCACUGUGUCCCACACAACUGUUCACACAGACCUUUGUAUUGAUCAUGAAAAUGAGUGACCCUUGCCAAACACACACACAAAAUAAAGGUUUGUCACUUUGAUCUUAUAUGGUGUUAAACUACAGGCAAGGGAUUAAAAAAGACAACAACUACUAAAACUACUGGCUGAUAAUAAUGUAAUGUGAAUGAAAAUUUUUCUAGUCAUAUAUAAUCAAGAAAACCCACUCAUUCUUUCAAAUACGAAAGUAAUAGGUUCUUUUUAAAUGUAUUUGUUGUAGCCAAGUCUGUUUCAUAGUUGGAAUUUUCUCGAAAAACACAAUGUUUAUAAACUCCUUCAUUAGCUAGGACAGGAAACAUGUGUCUUACCCACCUUCGCUAAAAAUCAUAUACCUGGAGUGGGCUCACAUGAAAUUAGAGAUCAUUGACUGUAUUAGUCAGGGGUUUACAUCACUAAAAGAUAACUAGACUAGACAAGUAGUGAAGAAGAGGUCAAACUUCCUAAGCAUUAUAAUUUACCACAACAAGGAACUGUGGCUUUCUGUUAUGGAUAUGUUUUUUUCUUUUUUACAAAGGGCUUUCUAGGAAGUGGGUUUUUUUGUGCUAAAACUCCUCCAUGUGUGAACAGACCUUCAAACUACAGACAGCAACAUGUAUAAUGAAGUACCGGUUAUGUUUUGUCAGUCGCACUGAAAAAUGUAGCCCUGAGAGCAUAAUAAUUCAUUCAGAAAAACAAUUAAAAUUGAUGUUUUGAAAAUAACAGGGACAACUACAACACAAACACACAGACAUACACACACAAUACACAUGAAUACUGGUGCGCGCACACACGCACAAAGUAUCCAAGAAUGGUGUUGAUCCUUGCUGGAUGUUAUCCCUUCCCUGUUCUGAAACAUGCUCCCAGUCUCAAAGCUGACACUGAGAUCAUUGUUAAAAUGCAUCAACACUAACACUCAGGCACGCUCAUGCAUACAGACAGACAGACAGACAGACACACACACACACACAGUCUGCUUUUCACUGACACUGAUAUACAGUGACACCAGCCCCUCCUCUGGCUUUUGCAUUCACUCACAAACACACAAAAUAACACACAAACACAAGCGAUGUGUUUCUUGCAGUGAUAACUUAUUGUUGAACAUGUUAUUAUUAUUCAGGGAUGCAGGAUGUUGGAUUUCUGUUUACAUCUGAUAUGCUGGUAUUUUUCCUCCACAUGCACAACCAUAUUUCCACCCUCUGUAGAAACCAUCAGCUGUUGUUAAUGCAAAAAUAUUUCCAAAGUAAUGGUGUGGCUGUAGUUGAAACCCUGCCUAUGUAAAGACGUAAUCUAAAUGCCUUUUAAAUAUUAAGACAAAAACCAUAAACAGACAUUUUAGUUCAUGCAGAGCUCCUGUGACUCCGCUAUCAUGGUACUGUAUUUAUGAUAUAGAUUAAACAUUCCUAUUCAGUCCAUACGCGUGAAAGCAUAAUGAAGCUUUUAACGGAGGAACAGGGAGGGGAUAACAUCCAGCAAGGAUCAACACCACUCUUGGAUACUUUGUGCGUGUGUGUGUGUGUGUGUGUGUGUGUGCGCAUCUUUUUAACGGAUGCUUUUUUUUUUUUUUUAAGACUUAAGGCUUUCAACAGACACCAAAAAACAUUCACUAUUCGGCCUCUUUUUAACGGUGGCCAUUGAAGCUUUGUCAAAGAGUGUUUUAAUAGAAAAAGAGCCACUGGGCAGUAUACUCUGCAGCUGUUCCAGCAGCAAAAGCAACAUUGUGUUCCCCUUGUUACUCUUUUGGAUGCUUUUUGGGCAGAAAUCUCUGCUGGAACAGGAUCCUGGGACACUGUCUUGACAUGAUGAUAUUGUUAGAUCAGCCCUUAAACUCAAGCAAAAAAUACCAUUUUUUUUUAAGGGUUUUGUAUGGGGCUUUGGUUGCUUUCACUUGAGAAGGCAGUUUAAGUGAGACAGAAAUGCGGCCAUGGAAGUCAGGCCACUGUUUAUUUUAUUACUGAAAAGGGAGAAAAAAAAUCCAAACCUACAUGGCCCUGUGUGAAAAAGUGAUUGCCUCCUAACCUUUAUAACUCGUUGGUCCACCCUAAGCAGCAACAACUGCAAUCAAGCAUCUAACUUGCAGUGAGUCUCUUCCAGCGCUGUCAAGGAAUUUUGGCCCACUUAUCUUUGCAGAAUUGUUGUAAUUCAGCCACAUUGGAGGGUUUUCGAGCAUGAACCACCUUUUUAAGGUCAUGCCACAGCAUCUCAAUAGGAUUUCAGUCAGGACUUUGACCAGGCCAGUCCAAAGUCUUCAUUUUGUUUUUCUUCAACCAUUCAGAGGUGGACUCGCUGGCGUGUUUUGGAUCAUUGUCCUGCUGCAGAACCCAAGUUUGUUUCAGCUUGAGGUCACAAACAGAUGGAUGGACAUUCUCUUUCAGGAUUUUUUGGUAGACAGCUGAAUUCAUGGUUCCAUCUAUCACAGCAAGUCUUUCAGGUUCUGAAGCAGCAAAACAGCCCCAGACCAUCACACUACCACCACCAUAUUUAACUGUUGGUAUGAUGGUCUUUUUCUGAACUGGGGUGUUACUUUUACAUCAGAUGUAAUCGGACACACAAGUCCCUAUGUGGCAAGUUCAAGUCCUUUGCUCUAAAGUCUCGAGUCAAGUCCAAGUCCUGCACUUUUUGUUUCGAGUCCCAACCAGGUCCUAGGAAUUUUGCUUCAAGUCCCAACCAAGUCCUUAUCGUUUCUUUCAAGUCAAAAACAAGUCAUAUAAAAGCCAUAAACCAUUUGUUAUAUGUAAAGAUUUACAUAAAUCAUUAACAUUUUUCACCAUUUGCAUUUAUUAUUAAACAAGGGUUCUUGUUUGUGUUAUGUUACAUGGUGCAGCUUUAACCAAACUAUUUUACAUGUCAUACAGAAAUUAAACAGAUAAACUUCAAUAAUUGGAAACUUAGACAAUGUGCACAAAAAUAAGCAAGACUCAAAUACAAUUAAACAUUAAACUGAUACUAUAAUUCACUGUUCCAAAACAAAACAAAAGAUAAUCAGAUGGCUGUAGCACGAUUAAGCAUGAGAACAUAACUCACUUACAUUGUCUCUAUCACUUUAUCUUCCAAAAUGUGUAAGAUAUUUUCAACAAAACAAUUCUUACUUAUGUUGCAUGUUUUGUAUGAAGUACAUCAAAUGUAAGGAAAUGAAAAGAACAUAAGAUUUAGGAAUAACCUGUGUGUAUGUGCGCAUGCAUGUGUGUGUGCGUGCGUGUCUAAAGGCCCUAUAAUGCAUUGCAUUUGCAAAAAAACAGAUUGGCCAAAAGUUUGUCCGUCAUCUGUGCCCAAUGGGGCUGCAUUAUGAUUCCACCAUGGCUGAAAACUCGCUCUACCGUAGCACUGGAGGCAGACACUGCCAAAACUCUGGUGGCCAAUCAGAACAGUGACGGAAGACCCUUCAUGUGUGCUGCCCAGAAUGAGAGCACAUGCUGUCCUUCACAUAUGUCAAGGUAGUUACUUAACUGUAGUGAUGGAGAGGUCCCAACAUCUUUCCUCCGUCUCUUGUGGUAUGCAGCAAACAGACCUCCCCCUUCUCCAAGGUCAUCUUGGUCUUCCUCUUCAACAAGAGACACAGGCUGCUCAACCUGUGCAGCAUCUUGCACUAUCAGUUCUGCGAACACAUAGACAAGAAACAGAAAAAGAGCCCUUAAUUACUAUCAUUGUUGAUGGGUUUAACUAAGUAUUACUGUUUCAGUCAAUUACAUCAAAUUAGAAGAAAUUAGUUAGAAUCUGACUAUUCACCUUUCAUCCGUUGUUUAAACUCUGCCUUGACUUCAGGACUGACCAGCACAUGGUGCUCCACCCACAUCAGAGUAAAGGCUGGAUCCAAGGCAGCAGCUUUAAGGUAGAUUGGGUCUUCAAAGGGGGCAGUGAUUCCAUCCUGUGUUCUGGCCAUUUCAAAAAUUCCAAGAAAUCUUUUCUUCAGGGAUUCCUAGAGACUUCUGACCAGACCGCUCUGGAAACAGACAUUAGGCUUCAGCUUCUCAAGGUGGUGAUUCAGGGACAGGACAGAGGGAACAACAGAGCUUAUUGUGACAACCUUCUCCCCCUGUGUCAAAUCUGUUGCUUCUCCAAAUGGGUUCAAGAUUUCCACUAACUCCUUCAACAGGUUCCACUCCCGUGAUGUGAACAACUCCCUCUGCCCAGCAUUUUCUACAGUGCGAGAGAGUUUUGCAUGAUCAAAAUGCAGAACCGCCUUCACUUGUCUCAGUGUUGAGUUCCAUCUUGUAUUGACAGCAGCAGGAAUGCCUCUGUGUUCUCCAAAUUCAGCAUUAAACACAUCUUUGAACAUUGAGCUUGUGGUGCAGCAAUGAGCUCAAUUUGGAUAACUUUGAGAGAGCAGGAGAUGACACUUGUUUCUUUUAAACUGUCUCCCACCACCAGCUCAAGAGUGUGCGCAAAACACUGCAAGCGCUGUUUUUUUGCCGUAGCAGCAUCUACUGUCUGUUGAUCUUCCAGGGUGAGUUCAUUCCAGAGCUCUGGGUCAUCAAUAUGAUCGUUGUCAUAGACUUCAUCUUCGUGUUCAGUGGGGAAGCACACCGUGAAUGCUUUUCGCAUGUUCUCAGCAUUAUCACUAAUGAUGUACUCUACUUUAUCUUUUGUAUCAUAGUCAUCACAUAUAGUCUCAAACUGCUCACAGAUUCUCUCAGCUGUGUGUGAGCCUUUGAAACGGUCACAGGCCAAGAGGUUGGACCUUAGCUGUAGGCUCUCUGCAUCUUUCUCGAUAUGGUGCACAGUUACACCAAGGAACCCCCUCAUCCUACGGUCAGACCAAAUGUCCAGAGUGACUAAGACAUGUUCUGUGUUGCUCAAUUGAGUUUUCAAUUUUGAACGUCUCUCUGCAGCUAUGUCCUCUGUUUUUGAUGUCAGUGUUCUGCGACUCACUGGGUUGUAUUUGCUGUCAACUAAUUUCAUAAAGUGCCGAAAACUGGGGUGUUCGACAACAGAAAAGGGCAAGUUGCAGUCGAUAACUAAAUCGGACAGUAUUGCAUUUGUGAUCGCUCUCUGCUGUGGAUGAGUGGAGGUGUACUGAUGUACACCCGUGUCCAUGAACUGGGAGAUUGGAGGCUGUGAUGGGCUUGGCGUGGAUUUACUCUGCUUUUAUGCAUCAUAUCUGUAAAAUGGCAUAUAAAACAGAUGUCAUAAAAUGCCUUGUAGCCCUAAAUGAAUUGCAGUUGAAACUACUUUUUAUUUGUUUAUUAUUCAUUUCAUCCCCCCUCAGUUCCCAAAUGUUUAAAUUUACUUGAGUAAAAGUACAAAAGUAUUGGUAUCAAAAUGUACUUAAAGUACCAAAAGUGUAAUACUCAUUAUGCAGAAUGUCCCAUCUCACAAAUUUUCAAAUGUAUAAAAAGCUGUGGAAAAUAGUCGAUCUACAAGUUCAUUGUGAGCUUGUAGAUCAACUAUUUUCCAAAACAAAGACGGUUUUAUGGAGUUGAUUGAAAGCCAACUCUACUAAGUGGGAACACUUUGACCCCCACCUCACAUCUAAAAUACACUUUUUGGACAGAAAAGAAAAUAUUUCACCAGACUUUUUUGGUUACUCCACAGCGCCCCGACAGAUCUGGUUAAUUUAUUUAUUUCUAUAUUGACCAGAUUUUUCUGUUCAAAAAGUAUUUUAGACGUGAGGUGGGGGGCUCAGAGUGUUCCCACCUAGUAGAGUUGGCUCUCAACUACAUAAAACCGUCUUUGUUUUGGCGAGUAGCAAAAGAGUAUAUAUUUUUUUAUUUUUACUGCAGACGAGAGGCUGUGCUACCGCGGUGCUAGCGAAAUGGCUAGAAAUUCCCAUAGCCAAUAGCUAAUGUGGAUCGUCUUACAUGUCUUUGUGAGUGUCCCUCAAAUGUCGAUCAAAGUUGGAAUUAGUUUUCAUUCCAUCGCUGAUUUUGGCACCGCAUGUCUUGCAUUGGGCUUUUCUUUUCUUUUUGAUGUCAUCCAGCUUGUAAUUUUUAAAACCAAAAGCUAUAACUGCGGGAGUAGUCAUGUCUCCUGGCUUCCACUUCAGUUCACCAGUCCAGCAGUAGUGACAGAGUGAAGCCGGGUGUGUUUGUUGUUUAGUGUUGCCCGUUUAAAUUGCCUGUGUUGCGAUUUAUGUCCAGUCCUCCCGGUGUUGUCGUUAUGAGGGAGGCUAGAGUUUGAGUCAGUGUUGCCAAGUUUCGUGAGAGAAAUAAGGAAACAGAUCUCCAGAAACAAGCCAAAAACAAGCAAAUUUUUUUUGAGGGAAAUAAGCAUACUUGGAAACACAACACGGUGUUACCAACAUCCUGACAAUUAGUUGAUGCGACACUUUUUAAACAGUUUGCUUGCUGUAAGGUAUUAAGUGACUUGAAAAGACUUGACUUUUCAAGUCACUGGGCUCAAGUCAAGUCAAGUCUCAAGUCUUUAGCAAUCAAGUCCCAAGCGAGUUCAAGUCAUUUCUUGAUUUCAUCAAGCAAGUCUUACGUCAUCAAGAACGGGACUCAAGUCCAAGUCGAGUCUCGAGUCAAGUCGUCAAGCCCCCUGCUCUGGUAUUUUCCCAAAGGACUUGGGGACCAUCAGGAUGUUUUAUGGCCAAAUUGAGACAAGCCUUAAUGUUCCUUUCAUUCAGCAGUGGUUUUGGUCUUGGAACUCUGCCAUGCACACCGUUUUUUGCCCAGUGUCUUUCUUAUGGUGGAGUCAUGAAUACUGACCUUAACUGAGGCAAGUGAGGCCUGCAGUUCUUUGGAUGUUGUUGUGGGGUCAUUUGUGACCUCUUGGAUGAGUCGUUGUUACGCCCUUGGGGUAAUUUGGGUUGGCUGGCCACUCCUGGGAAGGUUCACCACUGUUCCAUGUUUUCACCAUUUGUGGAUAAUGGCUCUUACUGUGGUUCGCUGGAGUCCUAAAGUUUUAGAGUUGGCUUUAUAACCUUUUCCAGACCGAUAGAUCUCAAUUUCUUUCCUUUUUAUUUGGUCCUUAAUUACUUUAUAUCUUAGCAUGAUGUCUAGCUUUUGAGGAUCUUUUGGUCUACAUCACUUUGUCAGGCAGGUCCUAUUUAAGUGAUUUCUUGAUUGAGAACAGGUGUGGCAGUAAUCAGGCCUGGGUGUGGCAGGAGAAAUUGAACUCAGAUGUGAUAAACCACAGGUAAAGGUCCCAUAUUAUGCAAAAUUCACUUUGGAAUGGUUUUCUAACAAUAAUAUGCGUCCCUAGCCUGUCUAAAUUUGUUUGAUGAUCUGAAACAUUUAAGUGUGACAAACAUGCAAAAAAAUAAAAAAGAAGAAAUCAAACACUUCUUCACACCACUAAAUAUAUUUUUUGCGUACCCAUACAUUGGGUUCCUACUGUUUGAAAAUAAUUGCAUCAAACCGUUUACUUAAUUUGCGCUCAUUUGAGUGUUUAUGUGUGUGUUUUCCUCAGAUUCCUUCAGAGGGCGCUGCUACUGUGCUGUACGCCGCCUUGUCCCCGGACCUGGAGGGAGAGAAUGGAGGGGGAUUCUGGGCCAAUGGGCACAGAGAGAUGACAACACCACUGACCUUUGACCCCCAGCUACAGCUGAGUCUUUGGGAAGCCAGCCUGCAGCUGCUGGGCCUGCAGUAG